AUGUUUGACGACGCAGAGCAGUUCCGCGUGCUACGAGAGGGAGGAACUGAAGCCAAACAUACUGGAGAGUACGAGAAACACUAUCCGACUGAAGGUGUUUACACAUGUGUUGGGUGCGAUGCGCCCUUAUACAAAGCUGCAACUAAAUUCGACUCUGGAUGCGGGUGGCCCGCAUAUUUUGAUUCCAUUCCAGGCGCUGUGAAAAGGCAGCCCGACUUUAAAAAGCGUCAAGAGGGCAGAGAGUGGAUCGAACUUGUCUGUACCAAAUGUGGUGGGCAUUUGGGGCAUGUCUUUAAAGGAGAAGGGUUCAAAGUUCCCACUGACGAGCGCCAUUGUAUAAAUAGCGUCUGUCUGAAAUUUAAGGAUGAUGACUCAGACAAUGCUAUGCCAAAGCAGGGCUAG